GGUCGCAACGAAGAGCCUGAAUCUGUCGCUUCCACACCUGGCAAUCGACAAGUUGGCGCUGGGCGAGUGACUGCAAAAUGCUGGUAUGGAUGCCCAACGUCUCAAUACAGGGGCUCCCUAUACGCUCAACCAGACGGACAAUCCCGGCCAUCGCCAUUCCUGGGUGGAGUCGGUGAGCUCCCACUUGACGCAGCGCAACAGCUCGGCGGAUCUGACGGUCUACAAUGGGGAUGUGGACAGUGUGAACAGCUCGCCUGGCCAGUGCAAGAAGAUACUGGCGCCCGAGUUCAAUUUCGACGCGAUGAAGCGGGCCCUGGCCGAGCCAACGAAGGCCGCCAAGCGGGAGCAGCGCGAGCGGCAAAUGCAGAUCGUACGCACCUUCCGCGAGGGCGAGGUCGAUGAUCUUGUGAGACGCACAGAACCGAAGCACGAUCUCAUCCAAAACCGCCUCAACGAGCUGUUCAACUUGCUGGCUGUGGAGCGUCAGAUAACGCAUAGCAAGGUGGCCCAGCUGCAGGGCAGCAACGAGAAGCCCAUCUACGAGACAAACUUUCCAGAAUUAUUCUAUUACUAAUCUGUAUUACUGUGAAUCGCCUCCGGCAAAGCGAAUGUUCUGUACUCAAUUUAUGCAUAUGAUGGUAGCUAUGAAAGCGAAUUGGUUUGGUGUCAGUAGAUAAAUUUAAUUAAAUUUCCCGUUGUUAAAUGAAAACAAUUCAAUUGUCCCCCAAAUAUGUAUGUAGUAUGUCCUAUGCAUUAGUUGUUAUACAAAUACAAUAUAUACCUAUUGUAUGUCGAUAAAAAUUGUCUGUUUAAAAAAUGGGAAGUUGUACAAAAAAUUGUUGUGGCUUGUUCUCAUCAUCAAGUAAACCGAAAAAUACGUGCUGCAAACAAAUGCCUGCUGUGGAAGGGGCCGGACGCAAUCCUUUCGUCAGGUUCCUGCUGUACUUCAAGAGAAACAACAAGGAAAAACUCUGCAAUAUGCGGCCGACUCAGGUAUUGCGGUUCGCCAGCAAGAAGUGGAAACAAAUGAGCUGUGAGGAGAAGUCGCCCUUCGUCCAGGCGGCCCAUAAAUCAAAGUACAGGUUUUGGUCGCGGAACAAUGAGGCCAAUAGGAUUAUGGAGAAGUUUCGCCAAACCCUCGGACAAAAGACGUCUUCAAGGUGAUGGUUGAUCUCGACUCCUGGCGGCAAAACGUCCUGGAUGACUUGCUUGGGGAUGAUGAGUAGCAUACGAAUUUGGAACUAUUUUGCAAUUAAUCGAAGACUUUAAUAAACGAAAUCGAGAUAA